AUGUGGUCUGCUUGCAGUCGUGUGCGCAAGGAAACGAGGAUAGACCAUUCGAGGCACCGGAGGCAGACGUUACUCGAAAAUGGAUCAUUCGAUAAAAGGAAAGCACAUUCGAAUUGCUCCUCAAUGUCCUCGCCAGAACACAGAGAACGGGCACAGUUGCUUUCUCUAGAACCCGCAAUGUUGCGUUCUUCAGUUGUCGAGAAAAAACCCUGCGGUUUGGAAUUCUACCACCACCGUAAGACAGUAGCAGACAAGCCGAAUCCGCCACAAGGGCGCUACGCGAGUCGUAAUAACCGCUCCGGGUCUGGGUACGCGGACUACUUACCCCAUCACUUCUACGUAUCGGUGCGCAAGAUUCGUGUAGUGCAUUUUUCAGAUGACGGGCAUUCGCAGCCGCCUCUUCAAAUCUCUGAUGUUCGCAGGCGAGAGUGUGUAGAAGAAGAGGUGCACCUUCCACCUCAGCUGGUCGCCGAAAUCGACCUUGGCGUCUCAGCUUUGGAGGUAGCAGCCCUUGGAGGAGAUGGAAAUAGUGGAAAUAGGUUCGUGGACUAA